UAAAACUGGACUCAUUAUUUUUAAACUAGGCCUGCAUUUCAUAAUUUAUUUACUUGUUUUCAUACAUAAAAGUAUGAUAAAACCGAGUGGCAUGAUUUACUGAGAUGGCAUUGCAUUGAGCUUCCGCGCCCAUACCUACACGUAUUCACAUGAAGCCACGAGAGCUGAGUGUCAUUUGUUUAAGUUGUCACCGAUUAACUAACUUUUUAGUGCAUAUAAUAUCAUUAUGUUUAGUCAAAUGUAAUGUAUCUAGACUUAAGACACAGUAGUUGCUUAUCUACUUGCAUUGAAAUGUGAAUACAACACCUGCAAUGUGGACGGGAGUAUAAUUCAUGUCGGUUGCAGCCCUAUUGCAUCAUGUGCUGAGUGUGAUCAAGGUUCAGCUGUGCCGGGACCCGGUUGCCAUCCUGCGAUUCCAAGUAUGGCCAGUGAGGAUGAUGACCCAAUCAUACAGGAGAUUGAUGUAUACCUAGCCAAAAGCCUUGCAGACAAACUGUAUUUAUUCCAGUACCCGGUACGCCCAGCUGCUAUGACCUAUGAUGAUGUCACUCAUUUAUCAGCAAAAAUCAAACCCAAACAGCAAAAGGUUGAAGUGGAGAUGGCCAUAGACUCCAUGAGCCCGAACUACUGCCGCAGCAAAGGAGAGCAGAUAGCCCUCAACGUCGACGGAACCACCACAGAGGAGAGCAACACGUAUUCCACAAAGCUCAUGGACAAGCAGACCUUCUCCUCCAUCCAGGCCACUACAAACACAUCUCGCUAUGCUGCUGCUGUCUUCAGGAAAGGUGAACUCCACUUGACACCACUACAUGGCAUUCUCCAGCUGAGACCUAGUUUCUCCUACCUGGACAAGGCAGAUUCUAAACAUCGGGAGCGCGAGGCUGCCAAUGAAGGUGGGGACUCCUCUCCAGACGAGGCAGAGGAAGAUGUGAAGCAGAUCACCGUUCGUUUCUCUCGUCCAGAGUCGGAGCAGGCGCGGCAGCGGCGAGUCCAGUCCUACGAGUUCCUGCAGAAGAAGCAUGCAGAGGAGCCCUGGGUUCAUCUACACUACUACGGACUCAAGGACAGCCGUUCAGAACACGAGCGCCAGUACCUGUUCUGCCAGUUCACAGGCAUGGCUGAGAACACUGAGCUUGUCAAGUCACCCAGCGAGUACCUGGCCAUGCUGAUGCCUCCGCCUGUUGAAGAUGAAGUUGCAAAGGCAGUGUGUCCCAGCAAUGUGCUUUCCAUGGCUCAGCUCAGGAACUUGCCACUCGGGGACCAAGUGAGGACUCUCAUGAAGAACGUGAAAGUGAUGCCAUUCGCUAACCUGAUGAGUUUCCUGAGUCCUGGGACGGAUUCCACUGCAGUGCUGCGCUGCAUACAGCAGGUGGCGAUGUUGGUUCAAGGAAAUUGGGUGAUUAAGAGUGAUGUCCUGUACCCUAAAGACAGCUGCAGUCCUCACAGUGGCGUGCCGGCCGAGAUGCUGUGUCGGGGGAGGGACUAUGUGAUGUGGAAGUUCACGCAGGAACGAUGGGUGGAGAGGAAAGCUGUGGCUGCCGUUGUUAAGCUGCCCCCCGAGGACGUGAAGGACUUCAUGGAGCAGAUGUCUGUGACCCGCAUUAACCGCGGCUGGGAGUUCCUGCUGCCCCACGACGGCGAGUUUAUCAAGAAGCACCCCGAUGUGGCCCAGCGGCAGCACAUGCUCUGGAUGGGGAUCCAGGCCAAGUUAGAGAAAGUUUUCAAGCUCUCCAAGGAGGACAUGAUGCCAAAGAAACAGACUCCUCAACCAGGCUCAGUGGUGGUGAGCGGAGAGCAGCUUGUGACCAUGGCGAGGGAAAAGGUGCAUGAGAACUACAGCGUGCUGGAGAGGGAGCUGCAGCAGAGGCACAGGGCACAGAGCCGGGACUCGGGGGUGGUGCGGGUCAAACAGGAGCCCCUGAGUGACGGGGAGGAGCCCAUGGACACGUCCUCGUCCGCGGGGCACAACGGGGCUGUCAACGGCCUGCACUCGGGCGACAGCUCGUGGAACUCUGUCAACGGGCACUGCCCCCCGCGCGCCCACACCGCCCCCACCCAGGAGCUCAGGGACUUUGUGAGCAGCAUCUUCAGGAAGCACUUUGUCCUGACACUCAGCGAACUCAAGAGGCUCUUCAACCUGCACCUGGCCAGCCUGCCCCCCGGGCACAGCCUCUUCAGCGGCAUCUCAGACCGGCUGCUGCAGGAGACUGUCCUCGACUCCAAGUGCAAACAGAUCCUGGUGCCUUUCCCUCCUCAGAGCUCUGCAGCAGCAGAUGAACAGAAGGUUUUUGCCCUGUGGGAAAUGGGAGACUCGUUUGACCAGCAUCGACAGAUACUGCUGGAGAUCUUCAUUAAGAACUACCGUGUGCGCCGGAACCUCAUCCAGGCAAAACUCACCCAGGAGUUCGGGGAUAACGUCACAAAAACGGAUUUAGACAGGCUGCUCAAGGAGUGCUGUGUGAGCCACGGUGGGAUGUGGUAUCUCAAAGGCACAGUCCAGUCAUGACACUAGACCAGAGAGCAGGAUCAGCAUUCACCUCCUCCAAAGCAUAGUGGGAGGGUUCAAUAGGACUUGGACCAAUCAUUGCCCUCGGGCCAGAGCAGCAGGGCAGGGGUUGGGGGAUAAUGGUGCCAGUCAUCAAUCUUUCAGACCAUUUCCAUGGUUUCAUUUAUUGAGGUCACAUGGAGCCAGGCAGGAAAACAGGCUUCCAUCCGCAAGCAUGCUGCGUGGGGUUGAUCCUUGGAAACCAUGGCAAAGAAUGAACAUAAAGAUAAUAUAUAAAUAACUGUACACUGAUGAGCAUUUGUAGUCGGAGAUUGGCUUGAUUUUAGGGUAUAUUCUUAAUAUAUUUUGUUUUUAAAGAAGACACAGUUUAUUAGACAUAAAGGGAGAAAAAAAAAAGUGAAAUUGGAAAUUUAAUAAAAGCGUGAAAUUGUAUAGCCGUGCAGAAGACCAAAUUAAUCCAAACGUUUGAAAAUAAUUUAAAAGGUAGAUCACAGAAUAACCGGGAUGCUAUUUCACAAUCCUAGCCUUUUACUUCCUAUACUUUUUAACAAACAAAAAGUUUAGCUGUUAAACAUUUAUUAUCAUAAUAUUUUUUUAAUGGCUGUUACUGAUAUCUUCAGCUCAGAUAUUUCCCCCAAAUCGUUGGCUUCAUGAUUUUAAUUUUGGAUGUACAAUACUGUAUGAUGUUGAUACGUUGGACAAAUUGGGGAGGGGGUGUUGCACAAUGGUUAUCAAAAAUGCUGCCAACUUUGCUGUACUGUCCUGAAUAUUUGGAUCGCAAAGAAUGUCUUUUUGAGACUAUUUUGUAGUCAGUAUGGGGAAAACAAUGCAAGUGAAGAUUCUUUUAUCUUGUUUAAACUGUGGUGCUUCAAUUUUUUGUGAGUAACACUUUGCAAGAAGUACUUCUCAUCAUAUUGAAUCAGUUUGUCUUGUUGAUGUGUUUUCUAGGGGCGUUCUGCAUUAAUUUAAAUCCAAUAUUGCCCCGUUGUCAAUUAAUUCACUUGAAAAUGUAAAUUUGUCACAACUUCACGUACUCCCAAGUACGCAUAUGAGCAAGAACUGUUGACUGCGUGCUCUCUUUCAAGGCAUGUGAUGACAAUAAGUUGUAAAAAUUAAUAAAUAAAACUUGCCUGGUAGAAUCAGCCCCCCCCCCCCCCCCCCCCCCCCCCCCCCCCCAUUGAUGUAUCGAAGCCAUCCAGUUUCUAAAGCCACGAGUCCAUUUCAUUGGGUUCAGUAAACUGGCGACCGCUGACUGCCGGCUGCCCCAGUAGCUCACACUGACUGUCCUUGGAGGAGUCUGCCCCAGUCCUGCCUCUCCCAGCGGCUGGCGACCGUGGUGCUCCGAAAGAAAUAUGAACAGGUUUGCUCUUAUCAUAGGUCAAUGAAAUAAAUACCCAGCUGAAAAAACAGUUGCCUUUACCUUUAACGGAACAAAAUACAGUAAAUGAAAUACACCCCCUAUGUAUUAUAACUUGUCAUAAUCUUUGAAGAAAAGCUUCAUUAGAUUUUCACGUAACCUCUGAAUUGACCCAGUUACAAUAUAUCAGUCCCCUAUGAGCAGCUUGCAAAAUACUCUCUAUGGUUCUCUUGCUACUGUAAAGCAGGUCCAUUUGAACUGGAAAGAAUCAUAAUAAUCCACUGGUUCCUUGCGUGCAGUGGUUUUGCAGGCGUUUUGAAAGUAAAGGUAACAAUAUUAUAAUUUUUUUAUGCUUGGUUUCGAUACGUAACUCUAAGAUGAAUAAAAUAAACAAGUACCUUGAUUUGGAAUCUGGGAUUUUCUUGUGUUCAGAAUAUAUUUGAAUUGUGUUUUUUUUUUUGGUUGUCUUAGUGUAAUGUGACUGAUUCUAGGUAUUUUAUAAUAUACUGGUUUUAGUAAUCCCGCCCCAUUCCAUCCCCUUGUUUUAAAAGCUCUGUAUUUGUUUGCAUGUUGCAAGGUCCUAAUAGUGUGAGGAUGACACCUUUUUUGUGUUGCAUAACUAACCCCAUAUCGCCUGACCUGCUGUGCUGCCUGUGAACCCAGCACAGAGAGAGAGAGAGAGGUUUGUACACUAGCUAACUGACAGCACUUGGUUAAAUAAGAGAACGGUUCGAUUGUGGCAGAAACGUGACAUGCAGGUUUAUCAGAAAACCUUGCUGUGUUUGCAGCUGUACUUAUGUCAGGAAAAGGAAAAAUGAUAGAAAACACAAGAAAGUUUGUGUAGCGCAGGUGCCAGUUGAGAGAAAUAAAUGUGUUGUUUUUUUUUGUUACGUUGUGCAAUUACUUGGCUGCUGACUGUCAUUUCAAAUUUAGGAAACAUUUAACCCUGUAAUACCCAUUCCGGUACCACAUCUGGUGCAAUGCUUAGCCACCCGUCUAUGUUAUUAGUUUUUAAGUCCAGCCAGAAUUUCAUGCAAAGCAUUAUGUUACCAGACAGGAAAAGAAAAAGUGUUUUGUACAAGAAAUGGAAUCUAGUUACAGUACAUAAAGUAAAGCAGCUUUUCGCAUUUAAAAAAAUGCUCGGGCAUUUACAGGGUUAAGUAAACUAAACAAAUAUGUGAGGUGUAUACAAUUGAAAACUAUAGAACCUGCAGUUCAGCCUAUUAGUGUUCAGUCCCAUCUUUGUGGGAGCACUCUUCUGUUAACAGAAAGGGGCUAGUUACCAAUGUGUUUGGUGGAUUUCAAUCCAGUUGUCCUUUUCAAAACAGCAGGAUUUUUUUUUGUAUUUGUGUGUGUGUAUAGACAACCACCAUAUGUAGUAUAUAUUUUUGUUGGAGGGGUUAGCAAGCAAUUACAAUGGUUGGUGUUACACUCUGCCACUUGGUAGAGGCAAUUGAGUUUCAAUCCGGAUUGCUGCAGUCUUGUUUAAGAGUUCUGUAUUGCACGGCCUGCCCAGUUAAUGCUUCAAUGCUACUCCAAACUGCAGUCCAGUUCAAUCAGCGCAGAUCUGCAGAAACUUCUUGAGUGCUUAUUCCGAGUCAAAGACUCAAGUACAAGCACUGGCAGCAGAAGCAAACUUCAAUUAGCAGCAGUGGGCAGCCUUGACUCCUGCACAGCUUUAUAUUGGGUGUGACUGUUGCCAGUUUCCUACUACAACACAUGACCCUGAGAAGCAUGGAAUCUGUCUGGAACCCCUGGUGCCCUCACUUUAGUAAGGAGGCUAAGGUGACAUUGUUGACAAAAUGAUAACUGAAUGAGUAUGCUGUGAUUAUUCUACUUUUGGAUGCCAGGUCCUGGUACAUUUUUAUUUUUUAUUUGCAGUGUUUUUAAAAGAUGCUGAGAUGUCAUUAAUGGUUUCUUAGUAUUUCAGUCAUGUUCUUGUCAUGUUUGAUGCAUUUCUCUGUGUAAUGAUGCAACACUGCUCUAGUUCAGUUGAGAAACAGACAGAUGAAUACAACACUAGCACAAGUAACUUUAUUGGUUUUACAGGUUCUAAGUUGUGAACACUGGUGUCGAUAUAUUAACCUUAAAGCUUUAAAUAGUUACUUUGGAGUCCUCUUCACAUGCUUGAAGUCAUUGUAGAAAUAAGCUGUACAGAUAAAACACCAUUAAGCCACUUUAAAAAGUUAACAUACAUAGACAAGUAAAAAAACUAAAUUUCUGAAUUAAUCGUACUUAAAUUACUAAACAAAAAUCUAAUAAACCUUAAUCCAUAAAGUGUAUCUCUAUAAAGAAAAAUCUGUUUUGUUUUUAAUUAACAAUACUACAAUCGAAAAUUCAAGUUUUUCUUUAAAAAAAAAAAAAAGUUCAA